AUGAAAGCGAGUGCUUGUACCUCCAUUUUAGUAUAAAUAGAUUACAGUUGACAACUGAGUUUAGGUCUAACUAGCAAGAUUUGGACCUAGAUUCUAGAUUUCUAGAUCUAAUUUACCCAAAUAAUAAUCAAUAUUAAAUAUGUUAACUCUCAUUUCUAGAUUUCUAAAUAGAUCUACUUUCACUGCUGCCGAAUCAAUAAAUUCAAUGGAAUACAGAAAUAGAAAUCUAUAUUCUACUUUUUAGGACGGGGAUAAUGAUGUGUUCGGCUAUGUAUUCUAAGGAGUAGAAUGCUAAAAUCUAGAUUUAGGUUGUUUAUCUGUGCAGUGAAGUUAGGCCUAAAGGUUUUCAUUUUUCUAGAAAAUCAUUCCUUUGUUCUCAUUUUCCUCUGAGUUUAAAAUUGAAUGUAGAAUCUAGAAGUCUAGAUCUAGAUGAUAUGUGAUGACCCCGAACUGAUAGACUUCAGUAUCACAGCCACCGUUUCAGACGUGUUUAUUCCUAACUUUUCAUCCGGAGUUUGUGAUCUAGAUCUAGAUUUUCUAGAUCUAGAAUCUACUUGGACCUUGGUGGUGCAACUUGUAUUACUAGGCAGAGGCUAUUCCCAGUGAGGCAAUAUUUCAUGCAAAUGACCUAAAUGAUGGAAUAAUUACUUGAUAUAGCAAUAGCAUUUGUCAUGUCUGGGGAAGAAGGUGUUGGUAAAUUGUGAGAAGAAAAUAUCAGACAUACUUUUGGAAUCACGUCAUGGAUGAACCAAAAGUGAAUCCUGAGAAAGAUGUAGGAAUGCUUGGAGGAUUGUUUCAAACUGUAGUCAAUGAUUUGCGGGGUAGUUCCCCAAUUUGGGAAGACUUUACCUAUAAAUCUGUGAAACUACAUUCAUCUUUGAAAACAACAGUAGUUGCCAUUGGUGCAUUUCUUGAGGCAUUUCAGAAAGUAGCUGACAUGGCAACUAAUUCUAAAGGUGCAACCCGUGAAAUAGGCUCUGCUUUGACACGCUUGUGUAUGAGACAUAGAAGUAUAGAGUCUCAUCUCAAACUUUUGACUAGUUCCAUUCUUGAUAACUUAGUGACACCACUACAAGAAAAGCUAGAGGACUGGAAAAAGGCAGUAGCCCAGUUAGAUAAAGAUCAUUCUAAAGAAUACAAGAAAGCAAAGCUUGAUAUCAAGAAGGCUGCAUCAGACACAAUAAGGUUACAGAAAAAGGUCAAAAAGGGAGCUACUCAUGGGAAGUCAGACAUGCAUCAAAAAUUAGAGAGUGCAAUGCUGGAAGUGAAUUCCAAAUACCAUGAACUAGAAGAAACCGAGAAAAACUCUGUUAGGUUGGCUCUUAUAGAAGAGCGGUCAAGGUUCUGUUUAUUCAUCACUUGUCUAAAACCUUUUGUGGACCAGGAAUUAAAGCUUCUUACAGAAAUCAGCCACAUCAGUGAGAUCAUGGAGAGCCUAUGUAUGCAAGCCAGUGAACCUAGUGUUUUACCUCCAUCAAGCGAACAAGUCAUUCUUGAUCUAAAAGGUGUUGAAAAUGCCUGGAGUUUUAAUCAACAACCAUCUCCUCCCAGUUCUCCUUCUUCUUUGGGUUCCCGCAAGUCAAGCAUGUGCAGCAUCAACAGUAUCAACAGCAGCUCAAGUGGAUCAUCACAUUCCCCGAGCCACACUAUGCACAAGCGAAAUACAUCUCAGCCCCCAGCAAUCCGCCUGACCAGUGUAAGUUCCCAAGAUUCAGGCUUCACUUCUCAAGACACAUUGUUCCUGCGCCCCACCACACCACAGUCACUAAGUCUCUAUCAGCCUUCACCUCAUGAAGACGCUGAGGGAGACUGUGAUUCUACGCCAACAACACCUUCAGAUAACACUCCUAGUGCUUGUUCCACGUGGAAUAAUUGGCCUAAUUUGCCAUCUGGACCUAAGAGCGAACCAAUGCGACCACAUACUAUUAGUACAGCUUAUGAAAAAGGACAUGCCAGACCAGCAUUGAGUGCUGCUAUAUUUGAACCUCCCCAAGAAGGUGUAGAGAUGAGACGGUCCAGUAGCCAAAAUCACAGUCGUCCAUCUGCAACUAUCAGUAAACUCCAGCCUGUACUUCCUCCACAUUGUCCAAAGCCUAAGGGUGUAGCAGUAGCGCCCCCAAUGCUGCCACCAGGUGCCCAGCCUAUAUAUGCUAACAUGUCAGAUAUAUCACCUGAUGAUGGAGAACCUACAACUCCAACUACUCCAGCUGUUUCAAACAAAAACCAGGGGGCCAGUAAAAAUGGUAUGUUUUCAUUGGAUGAAGCUAUGGAGCAAAUGGAGUUAUGCUCUGCUGGGCUCAAAGUUGAACUGACUGGUCACGAAAUCACUCUGAAAUCCUCACAUGACCAGAGUCAUCAAGAUUUGAUUGAGGUUCUCCGGCCCAAGAUCCAACAAAAUACUAGUCUGGAAUUAGCUAAAGCUAUCAGAGAAUUAGAAGCUUCCACUGCAGCAUUAACAUCAGCUUAUGAUUCAGAAACAAUGGUUUCAGAAAGUAAAACAUCCUUGCCAUCUUCAUCUGGCUAUGGAACUAUGAACAGCACACCUGCCAGUUCACAAGAUCCUCUCACUUCUGGGGACUGUGAUUUUGUUGGGAAAAAAUAUUUUACCAUUCCUCGCAGUGGAGAUGUAAAGUAUGAUUUAGCUUUUUUUCCCCAACGCCCCGUAUCUACCACAGGUCUUUCAAGUCAUAAGCCAGGCAACAAACCUCCACCACCUGUCAGACGUACUAUGUCAGUUUCUGGAGCUCCUACACAUUUGAUUCCUUCACCUUCUAAACAGCUAUCAUUAGACAGCCCUGAUGAAAGUCCUUAUGCUGAGCUACAGUACAUUCAACAAAGUAUUCAAAAGAAUGUGAAGCAAGAAUCUUGUCACAUAGAUAAUGCUAAUUCAAAAGUUCCACCACCUCCUAUACAUCCACCAAGUUUAGAUAGUGGAGCAUGUUACAGCCAGACUGGAAGUGGUGGAGCAUACAAGUCUCCACCUGCUGUUCACCAGAAGCCUAAUAAAAUGUUGUGGCAUCCUACAGAUGUUACUCAACAGGGCAGUCACAGACAGCAUGUUGAUCAUGGGAGUCACAGACAGCAUGUUGAUCAUGGGAGUCACAGACAGCAUGUUGAUCAUGGGAGUCACAGACAGCAUGUUGAUCAUGGGAGUCACAGACAGCAUGUUGAUCAUGGGAGUCACAGACAGCAUGUUGAUCAUGGGAGUCACAGACAGCAUGUUGAUCAUGGGAGUCACAGACAGCAUUUUGCCGAAAGUAAUUUCUACUCAGAUAAGAGUUCUUUACAGUUAACCUCUUCAGAAGAUGAUUUACCCUUGCCACCAACUGUUGAAGAAUUGCAAGAAAUGGAAAGAAUCUACAGCCGACCCCAGACAGCUGUUUCUUACCCAAAAGUUGAAGACCCCCAGGCAUCCUUGCUGUUAGAACUCAAACACAGAGUUUCCAUUGAUGAUGGCACCAGCUAAAUAAUGACAACCAAAUAUUUGAAUAUUUGAGAGUGGAUGCAAGUAAUUAUUCAUAUGAUUACUUGUAGGCUUUAAAGAAAUGCACACUUAAUGUUUUUAUUUCAAUGGCUUUGAAAAAUAAAAUAAGAAGAGUGAUAAAACAUAGGUCUACUAACACUUGUUCUAAUGUGUUGGUUUUCAAAAUCAACAUUAUAAUAAGUAUUAGCAGAAACAAUUCAUAUAAUUUCUUUACUCAAAAAAAAAAAAAGGUUGCUAAGUUUUUCUAGAAAACAUAACCAUGAAAUGAGACCGGUUAUUUAUAUGAAAACACUCAGAAUUUUAUCCCUACUUUGUUCUUGAUUACCUAGGUUUUUUUUCUCUUGUUAAAUAGCCUAAUACUAUGUAAAUAAUGUUUAAGUUAUUUCAUUGUGACUAAAUCCUGAAUACAGUGUUGCUUAAAGAACAAUUGUAAGACUAUUCAGCAUUGUUAAUAUGAUAGUUUUUUGAAAUCCAUUGUCUAAUUUUGUUGUAUUUUAGUCACACUCCCAUGGUUUUUCUAUUAUUUUAGUAGGAAGCUUGAGUUGUCUCCACAGAAUAUUGACAUGAUCAGAGAAAUUAUCUAGUUGGCUUCAAGAUUGUCUUAUUCAAGUUUGAUGUGUCCAAGGUAAAGCGCUAAUGGAUCUGGAUAAAGAAAAUUCAGACCGAGCAUGGCCAACUGAAUCAAGCGCCUGUCAUUUCAGAUUGCUGAUGAUUCAUCUGAAGGUGGUCUACCACUGUACAUAAAAAGUUGUUUAGGUCUAGUCAAACAGAUUGCUCACCAUUGCCUAGUGUAGAAAUGCUGUACAUAAGCUUGUAGCACAAACAUCUUGUAUUUAUACACAAGCACCGGCUGCUUUCAUUUUGAUAUUAGUUUGAGACUAAUUGGCUUGCUUUUUAGAGAACAUUGUCCAGAAGUGUGGCUUAUAACUUGAAUAUCCUUGUAAUUUUGCUGAGUAGAUAAUUCAAAUUUGCCAUUAAAUUGUGUAGGGUACUGACAUUUGGAUGUCGGUCAUUCAAAAUUACGUAUUUAUUUGUGCACAUUUUUGUGGUGCAAUUUUUAAACCUCCAACCUAACAGUGUUACUAAGUAUGUAAUUACAAAGGGUUGGAUAUAUUCCAGCCUACAGCAACUUUAAAACCAAUGUAUUUGUGCUUAACUGUUGGUUAUCAAAUAUUGGGGGGGGGGGGGGAGGGAGAGAGAGAAGAGUUCAUAAUGGUUUUUAUAUUCUAUCACUGCUAGGAUUGACAGCAUUUAUUUGUAAAUCCCUUAUUUUACACGUGUGACACUUGUAAUGUAUGAAUGCCUGAGGAUUUUUAUUUAUUGAUUGCCAUUUCUGUUACCCACACUGUACUCUUUCAUUUUGACAAUAAAAAUAUUGCAUGAA